AUGGAUAACCCAAGUGGAACAUCAGGACCGAGAGUAAGCGAUAAACGCUUAGCACAAACUCAAGCACAGGUAGAUGAAGUUGUUGGUAUUAUGCGUGUCAAUGUCGAGAAAGUUUUGGAAAGGGAUCAAAAGUUAUCCGAAUUGGAUAAUAGGGCGGAUGCCUUACAACAUGGAGCCGCACAAUUUGAACAGCAGGCUGGAAAACUGAAAAGAAAGUACUGGUGGCAAAACUUAAAAAUGAUGUUAAUUAUUGGUGCUAUAGGAGCGGUCUUGCUCAUCAUUAUUAUUGUGUGGGCUACGUCAGGUUCUUCUCACUCGGCAAGUGCACCAGCACCAGCUCCAGUUACGGCUGCCCCAGCACCCCAGGCCUCUGUAGAACCAGGGCGA